CGACCCUCAUUUGCAAUGACAUCGAGUCGAUUAUAACAACAAAACAAUCAUAAUCUGGUGAACAUAAAAUUGAUUGUUGAGGCUUUAAUGAGGCCUAUAGCUUUAUGACGGGCCUGGGAGUUGACAUUCAUUUCCAGUGACUAUUUACUUUGCAGUCCACCGGCUGUGACAUCAGAACCUGGACUGUAUAAAUUAACAAAGGCAGGCACCUUGGAAUAAACACAUCUACACUCUUUUCCAGAGGAGGAGGAGGAGAAGAAGAGAGGGAGGGAGACUGGACAAAAGAAAGAACGCAAGAGGCAGAGGUGAGGAAGAUGGACAGAAGGGACACCCGGCUGGUCAGCUCUUUGCUGCUGUGUAUCAUCACUCAGGUGUGGUGCCAGCUGUGCUCUGGGCCAUGUCAGUGCCCGCCCGCCACGCCGCCACGCUGCCCUGUUGGUGUUGCCAUGGCGUGGGACAGCUGCGGGUGCUGCCCGGCUUGUGCUCGGCAGGAAGGCGAGGCCUGCACCGACCGGCUGCCCUGUGACACCCACCGAGGGCUGCAGUGUGACUACAGCGCCAGCUUCCCCGGAGGGCCGGGACAGUGUGUCGGUCGGAACGAGCUGGGCUGUGAGGUGAAUGGUAGGAGGCUGGAGGAGGGACAAGCAUUUCAACCUUCCUGUGCCCAGCUCUGCCACUGCCUGGGGGGAGGCGUGACCUGCGUGCCCCUGUGCACCGAUGAUCUGCAGAGACCGGAUGAUAAGUGCCACAACCCUCAGCUGGUGCGACUACCGGGACGCUGCUGCAAAGUGUGGUUGUGUGAGGGUCUGGACAACAGCAUUUCCUCAAAUCCAUCAACAGCUGAGCAGACACGCCAGGACUACGGGCAUGGACUGUCUGGCCCGUCGUUUGGCUCCAUGUCCAACUGUAUCGAGUGGACCUCAGACUGGAGCCCCUGCUCCCACAGCUGUGGCCCAGGUGUCUCCACCCGCAACACAAACAAGAACUGGGCUUGCCGCCUGCAGACUGAGACCAGACUGUGCCAGGUCAGGCCGUGCCAGACUCUGAUGCCGGGGCUCCGAAUGCUACAGCCGGGCUCGGGUGUGUGUGAGAGCAGCUACAGUUCAACUCGGUCCAUUCAGCUCGAACAUCAGGGCUGCUGGAGCACCAGAGCCUACCGUCCCAGGUUCUGCGCCCUGACCUGUCUGGAGGGACGCUGCUGCAGCCCCUCCCACACCAGGACACUGCGGAUGGUUUUCCGUUGUCCCCAAAACAGGCUCACCCUGCAGCAGGUGAUGGUGAUCGAGUCCUGCUCCUGCAGCAUCUCCAACUGCCGCCAGUCCACAGCUGCCCAGAAUAUCCUCCUCUGGCCGUGAGCUGGAUGUGCAUCCAGCUACAGAGAGACGGGCGGGACCCGUCUGUGAGGAAAGUGACCAAACGUGAUGACACAUGAUUGAUUAAAUGUAUGGAAAUAUUACAAUCAGGAUGGGAAACUUGACAUCCGACAAUAGCUGUUGUAGGAAGAGUAUUAGGAUAAAUACAGCAAAUACAGAGGUUUGUAAAUUGGCUCAAUUUUGAAAGCAUGUAUUUUUAAUGUAUGUUGAGAUUAAUGCAGUUAUCUGUACCAUGAUUUAAAAGCAAGCAAGAGAUAGCCCCAUUUAAUUACAUUUCUAUACGACUUCAAGAUUGUCCACAUAUUUGUCACGACUACAUUAUAUGAAGAUAAUAUGUUACGCUGUGUUUUCAACUUGUCCCUCAAGUUUACAACAUUCAAAACAAUAUUCAAUGUUUUUUUUCUUCAUUUUUUCUUCAACUGAUGUCUGUAAAUUUAAAUUGUUUGGACCACUUAAUAGAUGAAAUGCUGCCCCCUGUUUGUUAGGAACAUGUGGCUACAUUUUACAGUGUACCUUUUUUAAAGUUCAGCUGUAAUUAAAUUGCAUGUUUAUUUGCAUACA